UCAGACGCCUCAGACUUCUCUGCUCUCUAAAACCCCAAAAAAAAACCUAGCGUCGUCUCCAAAAACAGAGAGAGCCACAAUGAGAAAACCCAUAUCAAAAACAACGCGGAAGCAAAAGCUACUCUCGGAGGUCGAAGAAAUCACCCUCCUCAAUUCAUGGAUCGAAUCCCAGAAACCCGACUGCGGCUCCAACCCCAUGUCUCUCCCGCCUCUUCCCUCCAAGGCCCCCAUUGGGCGCGUGGACCCCACCUCCUUCUCCCGCUACGCCGGCGCCACCAGGUUCGCCGACCUCCCCAUCUCCAAGAAGACCAAGGACGCCUUGCGCCAGUCCAAGUACACCGACAUGACUGAUAUCCAGAGGGCGUGUUUGCCCCACGCGCUCUGCGGCAGGGAUAUUCUCGGCGCCGCCAAGACCGGCUCCGGCAAGACUCUGGCUUUUGUCAUUCCGCUUCUGGAAAAAUUGUAUAAAGAGAGAUGGAAUCCUGAGGAUGGGGUAGGCAGCAUUAUUAUAUCUCCGACAAGGGAAUUAGCUAGUCAAACGUUUGAUGUGUUAAGAGCAGUUGGGAAGCACCAUAAUUUUAGUGCUGGCCUCCUAAUUGGUGGUCGAAAAGAUGUUGAAGCAGAGAAGGAGCGUGUAAAUGAACUGAACAUACUGGUUUGCACUCCUGGACGACUUCUACAACACAUGGAUGAGACACCAAAUUUUGAGUGUUCACAGCUACAGGUUUUGGUCCUCGAUGAGGCAGAUCGUAUUCUUGAUGUGGGAUUUAAGAAGGCACUGAACGCCAUCAUUUCACAGCUACCUAAGAGAAGACAAACCUUUCUCUUCUCUGCAACUCAAACAAAGUCGGUUCAAGAUCUUGCAAGACUUAGUUUGAAGGACCCAGAGUACCUUAGCGUGCAUGAGAAAGCUACAAGAGCCACUCCUAAUCGUUUGAAGCAAACUGCAAUGAUUGUUCCUCUUGAUAAAAAACUAGAUAUGCUGUGGAGCUUCAUAAAGGCGCAUCUGAAUUCUAGGAUUUUAGUGUUCUUAUCGACACGUAAACAGGUAAAGUUUGUCUAUGAAGCAUUUAAGAAGCUCCGACCUGGAAUACCCCUGAAGUGUCUUCAUGGUAAGAUGAAGCAAGAGGGAAGAAUGGGAACAUACUCGCAGUUUCAUGAAAAAGCUACGGUCCUUUUCUCGACUGAUGUAGCUUCGAGAGGCCUUGAUUUCAACCAGGCAGUCGACUGGGUUGUUCAGGUGGAUUGUCCAGAAGAUGUUGCAUCCUAUAUACACAGAGUUGGCCGAACUGCGCGCUAUCAAUCAGAAGGGCGAUCACUUUUAUUUGUGAUGCCCUCAGAAACAAAAAUGCUUGAGAAAUUAGAUGCCGCAAAAAUACCCAUAGAAAGCAUCAAGGCUAACAACAAGAGACUGCAACCUGUCAGUGGGUUGCUAUCAGCUUUGCUAGUCAAGUACCCAGACACACUUCCAGGUCUGGCCAAAAGGGCCUUUAUCACGUACUUGAAGUCUAUUCAAAAUCACAAGGACAAAGAAGUUUUUGACGUAAUGCAACUGCCAGUUGAUGAGUUUUCAGCAUCAAUGGGUUUACCAAUGACCCCCAAGAUCCGUUUUUCAAACCACAAAAUGAAGUCCAAGAAACCAUUGGAACUGUCUCCCAUUGUUGAACCAGAAAGUUCCGAUAUGGAGAAUGCAUUAGAGACUCCCAGAGAGGAGCUUGAUAUUGGUGAUUCGGAGGAAGAGGAAGUGGAGAUAGGUCUUCUUCGAAUAAAUGAUGCACCAACUGAGAGAGAGGAGGAAGGAAGACAGAUUGCAGAUAUUAUGCCGGCAACUCGGGUUCUGAAGAAAAAUAAGUUGAAGAUCAAUCUCGAUAGACCAUUGGGAACUAGGAAGGUCUAUGAUGAGGACGGCAAUUUGGUGGACCCACUUGCAAGGCUGGCUGGGCCCAGUGAUCCUAGCGUUCUUGAUGGACUUCAAGACAAGAAAGAAGAAUUUCAUAAGAGGCUUAGGGAAGAGGUGAAGAUGGUAGACAAGGAAGAUAAGGUAAAAGAUCGCCAGCGUCGCCGUGAAAAACGAAUGAAGGAGAAGAUGAAGUUGAAUAGAGCAGAUGCAGAAGAAGAGGAUGAUGAUGAUUCUGAGUCGGAAGAAGAGCCAUCUGAUAAUCGAUCGCACAAAAGGUCAAAGAUUUACUUUGAUAGUGAUGAUAAUGGUGAGAGAGAAGAAAAGAAGGAUAAAGCUGGGUUCAUUGCUGACCCAAGUUAUAUAGAGCAUCAGCAAGCUUUGGCUCUCAAACUGUUAGAUUCUAUGCACAAGUAGUUGUAUGAAAUGAUCACUUCGGUUGAACCUGCCUAAAGUUUUGUUUUUCCAUCAUACGAACUUGUUUGGUAUAUUAAUAGCUUUGCAGCUAAAUCGUUUUGAACAAAAGGUGGCACCUUAGAUUUUGAUUACUUGAGUAGGGUGCUUCUCUUUCUUCUUUGUUUCAGCUCGCAUGUUCUGUUCUCUCCAUAUGAUACUGAGCUAUGGAAUUAUACUAUAUUAUAUAAAAGGGUUUUUGUAUAAAAUGUGUUAUGAGAAAUUACUGCAUAAA